AUGCAACGGGAAUGGGAGCUAAUAUCAUGCACAUUCAUAUUAUUCAUUCUUGUUGUUCAAUGCCAAGAAGACCCACCGAUUAGCAAUAAGUUAGAGGAUAUCACUAACGCUCCACCACAUCAUCACCAUCACCACCAUCAUCAUCAUAAAUCAAGAGUUCAACGGUUGAGAACUCCUAUAUGUGUGAAUGGGAAAGCCGUUGAUGGAGCCUGCCACUGCGAUCUUGACUUUGUUGGAAAACAUUGUGAAAAACAAAAACAUUGUGAAUCUUACAGAAGAUUCCGAAACGGAUCGUGUCCUGCAUGUAAAAAAGGCUACGAUGGUACUUUCUGCGAGGACAUUGUUUGUGUUAAUGGAUCAGCAGAUAAGCACAAAAACUUUUGCACGUGUAAUAAACCGUUUUCCGGAAAACACUGCGACGAACUCGAAACUAAGCAUAUUUACAGUUACUAUAAUCAGAAGGUGUUCCUUCUGGGACCACUGGGCGCAAUAUCCUUGAUCCCAAUGUGCGCACUUUACGCUGGCUGUGAGUAUUUUGCCAAAAAACGACAGGUGAAAAGAGUUGAAGCAAUGAUGUCUGGCCAAAAUAUUCCCGUCGGCAACAAAACAUUGAAAAAGCUUCUUGACGACGUUUGA